GAAAAUUCGUACAUUGAGGUUAAGUGUUUCACCGACUGAUUGACUUGCUUUAACUGCUCUUCGUUUUUGUUAAAUAUCUGCGCGUAAAAAUGGCUUUAUCUGUACCAAAAGCACCAGGAAUGGCGCAGAUGUUGAAGGAUGGCGCCCGUAUGUAUAGUGGCCUGGAGGAGGCAGUGUAUCGCAAUAUCAGCGCCUGCAAGGAGUUUGCACAGACAAUGCGUUCGGCCUACGGUCCAAAUGGCAUGAACAAGAUGAUUAUUAAUCACAUUGAGAAGCAGUUUGUGACUAGCGAUGCUGGCACCAUAAUGCGGGAGCUGGAUGUGGAGCAUCCGGCUGCCAAGCUCAUUGUCAUGGCCAGUCAAAUGCAGGACGCCGAGGUCGGUGAUGGCACCAAUUUCGUGGUUAUCUUUGCCGGUGCUCUGCUCGAGUCGGCCGAGGAGCUGCUCCGCUUGGGCAUCACAACGUCAGAGAUCGCCGAUGGCUAUGAGAAGGCCCUGUCUAAGGCUCUGGAGAUUCUGCCCAAGCUGGUGUGCCACAAGGUCGAGGAUUAUCGCGAUGUCAAUAAGGUUAAGGAAGUCCUGCGCACAGCCAUCAUGUCCAAGCAGUACGGUCAGGAGGAUUUCCUAAACGAUCUGGUGAGCAAGGCCUGCGUCUCCAUAUUACCGGAUGAGGGUACCUUCAACGUGGAUAACAUUCGCAUCUGCAAGAUUUUGGGCAGUGGCUUGGCCAAAUCCGAGGUCGUCCGCGGCAUGGUUUUCAAGCGCUUCGUCGAAGGCGAUGUCACACACGCCGAAAAGGCAAAGGUUGUCAUCUUCUCAUGCCCGGUCGACAUCAUCCAGACGGAAACUAAGGGCACCGUACUGAUCAAGUCCGCGGACGAGCUGAUGAACUUCUCCUCCGGCGAAGAGAGCCUGUUGGAGGCCCAAAUCAAAGCCAUUGCUGAUACCGGCGUGAAAGUUGUAGUUUCUGGUGGCAAAGUGGGUGACAUGGCCCUGCAUUACUUGAACAAAUAUGGCUUGAUGGCCGUCCGUUUGAACUCCAAGUUCGAUUUGCGCCGUUUGAGUCGCUCCGUGAACGCCACAGUGUUGCCCCGCAUCACAACGCCCAGCCAGGAGGAGUUGGGUUACUGUGACAAGGUCUGCAUUGAGGAGCUGGGUGAUACCGCAAUUGUGGCCUUCAGAAACGAAGGCAAGGAUUCACGGAUUGCAACCAUUGUUAUCCGUGGCGCCACAGACAAUUUCAUGGAUGACAUUGAACGUGCCGUGGACGAUGGCGUCAACAACUUCAAAUGUCUGACUCGUGACGGUCGCUAUUUGCCAGGAGCGGGAGCUGUUGAGAUCGAAUUGGCUACACAGCUGUCGGCGUAUGCUGACACCUUGCCCGGAUUGGAGCAAUAUGCAGUGCGCAAGUUCGCCAAUGCUCUUGAAGUGUUUCCUAAGGCCUUGGCCGAAAACACUGGCGCCAAUGCCACCGAUAUUGUCAAUCAAAUGUAUCUGGCCCACAACUCCGACAAGGGCAAGAAUAUUGGCUAUGACAUUGAAGCGGAGAAGGCAUCGACAAUCGAUGUAACUGAAGCGAAAAUCUAUGAUCUAUAUCAAGCUAAAUUCUGGGGUCUCAAAUAUGCUGUCGGUGUAGCUGCAACCAUAUUGAAGGUGGAUCAAAUCAUCAUGGCUAAGCGUGCCGGCGGACCAAAGCCACGACAGGCAGCUGGCAGUGAUGAUGAGAGUUAAACUUUCCAGCAUUUACUAAAUAAAUGAAAACACAAACUAAAA